AUGACUGCAGCUGGCUUCUUUUUGAUCGUCGUCCUCACCCGACCUCCAUCUGUUCUUCCCUUUAUUUUUGAUCUCAUGAAUGGUCUCGUUCCACGUUCUUCUCCACAAUGUAUCUGUGCUCCUCCACCAUGUGCAGCUUCAGCCAAUGCUGCUAGUGUUUCACAAAUAGCCCUAGUGGGCCAAAGUGGAGCCGUAACCCCCAUAGCUUCCGAAGGCCCCAUUGGGCCUCCUCCCGUACCCAAGGGUUACGUGGGAUCUCCUGAUCCUGUUGGCCUAUACCCACCAUCCUAUGGUGGAUCCAGGGUUCCACCGUACAGUGCAGGAAUCUCUCCCUACAGUGAAGGUGGAAUCUCGCCAUAUGGUGAAGGAGGUCCGCCAUAUGGUGGAGGAACUUCGCCCUAUGGUGGAGGAGUUUCGCCCUAUGGUGCAGGAAGAGCAUUUGGGCGACCGAACUUUGCAGCAGCUGGCUUUCCCCAUAAAAAGAGAAGACAUAGAAGAAGAGCGCCGAUGAUGUGGGCGCCUCAAGAGGAAGAAUGUACUAGUAAGGAAGUAGGAUCGAUUAUUGAGCAGGCGAUGAAUCCCUUCUCCCGAGCGGAAUCUUGUGAACGUAUACGUGAAACAUUAAUGCAUCACUACGAUAGAGAAGUGCUAGUGAUGUGUUCACCGUAUAGAAUCGACUUCAGGGUUACAGAAGCUCCAGAAUAUUGUGAAAAAAUACGUAAUGGCACACAUUGCUAUGCGUUUGUGUUUUAG